ACACUCCCGUCCUUAACUCACGACGCCUCGCAACAAUGGCGAGACGGCUGUUUCUACUGCUGGCGGCGGCGGUCUUGUGUCUAGUUGCUAGCGGGCAGGACGCGAAAACGCUCCCGGAGAAGGAUGGCAUUUUUCAGCUGAGCAAGACAAAUUUCCACAUCGCGCUGAAGACCUACAAGCAGCUACUGGUACACUUCUACGCUCCGCUGUCCGCAGAUGGCCGUCAUUUGUCGGAAGUGUUUCAAGAAGCCGCCGGCGAGCUGCGGGACUCGGACAUUAAGUUGGCGAUGGUAGAUGUGACGAAAGACAAAGAGCUAGCCAAAGAACUGAACGCGACAGGACCACCAAAAAUCAGGCUCUACCUUUUCGGAGAGAAACUAAACUUCGUGUCCUGCCCUGUUCCUCAGAGCGCAGCUUCCAUCGUGACGUGGUUGAAAAGGAGGGCGGGGUCCGCUGCCGACCUCAUUACCGAUCUCAGCCAAUUGGAGAGCGCGCAGGAGGAGCUCAGCGUGGUCGGAUUCUUUCAGGAGCUGGAGAGCGAGUACGUUCGAGUGUUUUAUUCGACCGCAGUCAGCCUCCCGGAUGUCAGGUUUGCAGUGACGCAGAAUGAUGAUGUCAUCAGGAAUUUUGAUGUCACGCAUGAUGUCGUGCUGCUCCUUAAAAACUCACAGCUGAUUCAGGCUUACCAGAUGACACCGCAGACCUCUAAAGAAGACUUGGUGACUUUUGUCAGUGUAUACCAGAUGGAGGCCGUCACAGAAUAUUCCGGAAAGACGGCCACUCGGAUCCUGUCGUCGCCGGUUCUUAGCCACGCCCUCCUUUUUGUCAACAAAAGCUCCGCCAAUUUCCAUACGGUUCACGCCGCAUUCAACACCGCCGCAGAGAUCUUCCGAAUGAAGAUUUUAUUCGUACUGGUGGAUGUGUGGGAGCCACGUAAUGGCCGCCUGAUGGAGUAUUUCCGCGUGCGGGCCUACGAGGCUCCUCUCGUGCGAUUGGUCAACCUGACCGAUCACGUGACCUACCAGCUGCCCUCGGCCACGCUGGACGCCGACUCCAUCGAGGCCUUCUGCCGGGACUACCUGGAUGGCAAAGCAAAGCCCAAAAUGCAGAGCGAGCCCAUCCCUGAAGGAUGGGACCAACGUCCGGUGAAGGAACUGGUCGGAAGCACUUUUGAGGCGGUUGCCUUCAACCCCAACAGGACUGUAUUUGUUUUGUUUUACGUGCCGUACAGUCCAGAGUGUCGAGCCGUGUUCACCUUGUGGGAGGAGCUGGCCGAGGCCUUCAAAGCUCGCGACGACGUGGUGGUGGCUCGCAUCGACGCGUCGGCAAACGACAUCAACAUGUCGGUGCAGCGCGCCUAUCCAGCCUUCUGUCUCUUCCCCGCGCUCUAUGCAGAGAGGGCCGUGUUUUACACCGGCGACAGGAAGCUGAAGGCCCUGCUUGCUUUUGUCCACCAGGAGAUGAAGAAAGCCGCAAAAGACAGAAUGAAGGAGAACGAAGACAGGAGGAAGUAUGUGGAAUCCAUGAAAGCAGAAGAUGAGAAGAAAGAGAGAAACGCCACCAAGGAAGAACUCUAACCAUUGGCUAAAUGUGACGUGGAAGACAAGGUCAAAGCAAGAAAGAAUCCAUCUUCAAAAUUGUAUAAGUGAUAUAUGUAUGAUUGAAGAACUGAAUCCUGUUUUUGAUGUGACAAUAAAUCGGAGCAGCACAAAUAUGCCACA